AUGCGUCUGCAAUUGCGCGCCGCGAGUUUGUUCCUGACUCUGGCCUCGACGGUCCUGGCAUCGUCAUUUGUUUCGAGUACCGAGGGCGUCGCUGGGGCCAUCGUUGGCGCUUUGGGAGGCGUUGAUGGACGAAUUGGCGACAAUGGCCCAAUUCCUCUGAGACGCAGCAUCACCGAGCUUGCUGCUGAAGCCGGUCCACAAUGGGAUCUCUACCUUCAGGCUUUGCGCGCCAUGUAUGAUCGCGAUUCAAAAGACCCAGAGUCCUUCUUCCAGAUUGCCGGUAUACAUGGUCGACCGUUUACAGAGUACAACAACGCGGGGAAGAUGAACACCAAUGGCUGGGGUGGCUAUAGCACUCACGGGGAAAUUCUAUUCAUCAUCUGGCACAGACCUUUUGUCGCCCUGUUUGAGCAAACACUCGUCAAAGAGGCCAAGAUUCUGGCCGCUCAGUAUCCCGAUAAUCUACGUUCCAUUUACCAAAGAGCGGCCGAGGAUCUGCGGGCUCCGUACUGGGACUGGGCUCUUGAGCCCUGGCUCCCCAGCGUUGUGCUCCCCGAAACGAUCGAGGUCAAGGCUGCUACAAAGACGGGAACCGUGGCAAAGAAGAUUGAGAAUCCGCUGUAUACCUACAGAUUCUCCAAAGAAGUGAUGCAGGGCAAGUACGGCGAGUUUGAUACGUACGAUCGCAUGUAUAGGUGCCAAAACCCGCAGGAUGCGAAUCAAAAGCUCUACAGCCGCAACUACAAGUCUUGGGUGUAUGAUGUCUUUUCGAGAGCGAAAUCCUUUUCCGAGUUUGCCACGACUGCAAGCAAGGGUAGCAGUAUCGAGGCCGUUCACAAUGCCAUUCACUGGGAUGCCGGCUGCGGCGGCCAGUUUAUGGAUUCCCAAUACGCUGCCUUUGAACCUCUAUUCAUGUUACACCACUCAAACGUCGACCGACUAUGGGCCUACUGGCAGGCUAUAUAUCCCGAGGCGUCCACCUUUAACGGCAGAUACCAAUGUCUCUCACGCUUCAACACCCUCUCAGGCACCAUGACUAGUCUCGACUCCCCGUUGCAGCCAUUCAGACAGGCCAAUGGCGAGUGGCACACGUCUCGCUCCGUCAACUCCAUCAAGACGUUUGGGUAUGCGUACCAGGGCCUCGAGUACUGGACCAAGUCGGAAACGGAGAUGCAGCAGGGCGCUGUCGAGUUGAUCAACUCGCUGUAUGGACCAGAAGAGAAGAAGAAGAAGCGGCCCAGCGUUUCGUCGACGUCUGCAAAGUCGACGCAGACAAGUAGCAAGCAGUCGGUCCAGAUGAGUAGUAGCAAGCAGUCGAUCCAAACCACCAGCACAGAGUCGACUCAGACUACCAUCAAGCAGUCGAGCCAGACAACCUUGACGCAGUCGACGCAGACGAGCAGCAGCAAGAAGUCAAGCCAAUCCACCAGCGAGCAUUCAACCCAGUCCGCCAGUCAGCAGUCAACACCGACUACCAUAGAGCAGUCGAGUCAAAGUACCUUGACGCAGUCGACGCAGUCUAUCAGCAGCAAGCAGUCAACCCAAUCGGCCAGCGAACAGUCAAGCCAGCUCGCCAGCAAGCAGUCGACGCAAUCGAGCGCACAGGCAAGCAGUCAACCAGCACCGACGAUCAGUAGCAGCAGCAGCAGCAGCAGCAGUCAUUCCACGGAGACAAUCAGCAAGCAAUCGACACAGGCCAGCGGCACGGUAUCGACGGGGACGAGCAAGCAGCAAUCAAAGGAGACCAGCAGCGUCCAGUCAACAACACAGUCCAGCGGCACGGUAUCGACGGACAACCAGCAUUCAAUCGAGACUAGCAGCGUCCAGUCGACACAGUCUCACAUUGAGCAAACCAGCUCCAGUGUCUUGAGCUCUCCUUCACAGUCCACUGCAACAGCUGGCAACCGCACUUCUAGCGCAUGGCCAACUGCGGGAGCGAGCAAGCCCUCCUCUCCCAUCUCAUCUUCAUCGCGCGCUGGCAAUGAAACAUCAGUUGCGCCAUCCGCAACCAGUGCUGCUCUGCCAACAACUUCAGCUCAAGUCGACGCGCAAUCCGACUCCAAUGCGACGAAAUCGGGCGACAACAAGCGCUUUUAUGCUGGCAUCACAGUCGACGUAGCAUAUCUCCCCGUGCGACCAUGCGCCAUUGAGAUUUCCAUUGACAUGUGGCGCGCCGGAGACAUGGCCAUUAUGCAGAUGCCAGAAAAGGGCAUCGUCUAUGACUCCAUCUCGCUCUCCGACGCCAUUUCCAACGCAGGCCUAGGUGAUGUUUCUGAUACCGAGGUGGUCAGCCAAGUCAUGUCGCGGCUGCAUGUGGCUCUUCGCAAGGCUGAUGGCUCGAGCAUUGACGUGACUCAACUUUCCGGCCUGAGGGUCGAUAUUGAAGAGGCCGAGGUUGUUACUGCGACGUCGAAAUUCGAAUUGUCCCAGAUGGUCAAGUCUAGCACCCACGUAAUGCUGGAUAAGCCAGUCUCGGGAUGUGCUGCUCAGUAUUAA